AGAGAAAGAAAGAGAGAAAAAGAGAGGGACAUAGAUCGAGACAGAGAGAGAGCAAGGAGAGAGAAAGAAAAGACUGACGAGGCCAAAACUGAGUUGUUUGUAUUAAGUUUCUGUCUGAGAACGUAUCAGUGUGAGUGUGUGUCAGUAUGUCUAUGCAUGUGUGAACGUAUUUGUGAUACGUGUAUGAUGGUGUGCGUGCAGUGCGUGGUCCUUCUCUCCAUUCAUCCCAUCAUGCCCCUAAAGCGAUGUGAUCCGAGGGCCGUGGGUUUUGUGAGGUUGACAGUGUGUGUGUUGAGUUGGCUGCUAUGUGUGUGUUGGGCUCCAACAGUAGUGGAGGCUGCUGGUACUCCCCCUGCUCCCCAGCAGAAAGCCCUCAGCCUGCAGAGAGCCUUCCUGGGGCUGGACAAGUGCAAUGCCUGCGUGGGGACGUCCAUCUGCAAGAAGCUCUUGAAAGACCAGAUAAGGUUUGAUUGGUGGAUGUCCCCGGAUACCACACUCCAAUUGGCUGAGAAGCAGAGUUUCCCAGGGAACCUUACAGAUGAUUCAUUAAGCUGGCGUCCAGUGGUCUUGUCGUUCCUCUCCUCCCCCCGUCUGCACUCGUCCUCCGACCGUUCAAUCUGUCGCUCGGUGGGACGGCAGGGUCCCUGCAGCAUCGAGGCCGUCCUCAGGGUCACACCCAGAUUCCAGAGCUUGAACCAAUCACAUCUUUUGCUGCCCCAUAUUGUGAAGGGUUUGGCACCUCCCCUGCUGCGCUGUCCCUCCCAGAGACUGCUGGACCGCGUUGUGCGCCGCUAUGCUGAGGUGGUGGACGUGGGCAGUGUUCAGAUGAAGCACUUCUCAGAGAGAGACAAACUACGGCUGCUCUACACGCUAGCUGUCAAUCAACAGCCUCUCAUACUGCAGAUGUUCCCAGGCACCGAGGGCUGGCCAUUCCCCCGCUACCAGGGCUCGUGUGGCAGGCUGAUGGUGUGGGCAAGCUCCAGGCCUCUGUGGGGCCUUUAUGGUUCCUCCAGGGAGUUCAUCCAGAGGGUGGACGUGGCCUAUCAGCUACUCCAGAUCACCCAGGGCCUGGGCCACAACAGUCUGGGUUUCCUGCUCUACUACACCAGGCUAGAGGAGGAUAUGUUUGGCCUGCUGGAUGACCAGCGAGUGUUCAUCACAGAUGCCAGCAGCAUAGGGGUCAUUGACCUAGAGCAGGGGUUCCCCCCAGACCAUCCCUCCCAAACAGGCUCUGGCGGGGACAUCUUCUCCUGCCUGGGUCAGGGUGCAUCCCCCUGCCAUCGCUCUCCUCCCUGCAGCUCUGUCCGCCCUACCCAGAGCCUCACUCUGCUCUGCACAGCACUCCUGCCCAGACUGCUGCUCACAGAGAGGGGGGCCCAGCCAAACAGGCUACCCAUGGAGGGUGAGGCAGAGGCGGGGAGGUUGGCAAGAGACGUGCCCCUGUUGCUGGGUGUUUGUGCAGACCCUAGCCAGCCUGACUGGAGGAUCAUGGCAGCAGUAGGAUCUCUGAUGGACCUGCUAAAACCCAUGAGGCCCUGCAACCCACACUACACCUACAGGUACCCAGAGUGCAGAUACAACCAAGACUACUGAGAGCUGGCAGGACUACAAUACCCAUACUACCCUGCUACAGCCAUAGACAAUGUUAAGUUCACAGGUGCCCAUAUGAACUGUGAUCCAGACAGUGUUGUGUGCUGGAAUGACUAUGCACUGAGCUGAAUUGACUACGCACACAAAGGGGUUGUGGUUCUGCACGGGCAGUGUAUGUGAAGUCUGUAGUACUUAGCAGCUUGUAGUGCUUGGCUGUAGUGUAGUGCUCAGCUACUUUCAGGUAGUGAACCGGUCACAGCAGCUCUGUGCAUCAUAGGACAGAUGAACAUGUAAAGAAGAAACAUGAGAAGUUCCACAUGUAAAUAAAGAACUUAUUUUAAAUGACUCAUAAAACAUCUUUCAAACAAUA